UGAUUUGGGGAGUGAGAAAGAAAAAAAAAAACAGAGGGAGUGCAUGACAUUCUUAGUGCAUCUGAGCAAAAUAAGCAGUCAGCGAGUAAGCAUGUAGAACAGAAAGUGGAAGGAGAUCAGUGAAAGAGAGCACAGGAAAGAAUCACAGAAUUUAUUAUUGGAGUAAAAAAUAUGGGAAGGAACGAAAAGUAAGUAAGAGACAGAGGAAAAUUAAGAGAUAGCAUCCAACCAGGAACGUAAUCUUGGCUUGCUGUGAAGUGUCGGGAAGGAUGGAGAGAAGAAUGGAAGGAAGGUGGAUAAGAUUAAGCAACGGAGAACAAGAAAUCAAACCAUAAAGGCAAGAGUGAUGACCGAAUUUGGAAAAGAAGAAGCAAAACUAGGAAGAGAGACAACAAUUAAUCAUAUCUUGGACCUGCAAACACAAGUAUCACUCGCUGGCGUCCCCAGAAGGGGGCACAGAAGCGUGUGAAUGUGGGAGAAUCAGGUGGUGUGGUGGGACAGCUAGGAUCCCUUCUUGAUGAGUGACACUCUCUCACACACACCCUCCCAGACACAAACACGAGCUCCCUCAAAGAGGAUCCAAUGCAGCUGCGAGAUCCAAGCGCUUCUGAGGAUAAGAAGAUGGAUCCUGUUCAGAAGGCAGUGAUCAACCACACCUUUGGAGUCCCACUGGUGAAGACCAAACGGCCAAUCAUUUCCUGUAAUGUCUGCCAGAUCCGUUUCAACUCGGAGAGUCAGGCCGAAGCCCACUACAAGGGGAACCGUCAUGCUAGGAGAGUCAAAGGCAUUGAGACCUCCAAGAGUCGCCCACAAGAGAGUGACAAACCUCCUUCCGGGCCCGUCUCAUCCCCUUCACCAACGGGACCCUUACUGGCCAUCUCAGAUACUGACCCCAGCAAAACUGAUGAGAUGCGGCCAGCGCCACAGUUAAAUGGACCCACGGUCGCCCCAGGGCCCAUGGCUAUUUCUGCUCCCCCUACCCCAGAAUCCCCCGCUCCUUCUGCCUGUCCUCUUCUGCCCACUCCCACUACCCCUCAACCACCUCCAGCCACCUCCUCAUCUCCCGGCUGUGGCUCUUCUAACCCAGAGCAGGCUGGCACCGGGGCCCCUGGGGCACCAUCAGUCACUCCCAGCAACCCUGAGACUGAAGAGGACAAAGCCAAGAAACUGCUUUACUGCUCACUGUGCAAAGUGGCCGUCAAUUCGCUCUCCCAGUUGGAGGCUCACAAUAAAGGCACUAAACACAAAACCAUUCUGGAAGCCCGCAGCGGACUGGGCCCCAUUAAGGCAUACCCUCGUUUGGGACCGAAGCCCAGCGGUGAGCAGGGAGGCGGGGCCACAGACCCCAAUACUCAGGAACGCACCUUCCACUGUGAGAUCUGCAACGUGCGGGUCAACUCAGAACUGCAGCUCAAACAGCACAUAUCAAGUCGAAGGCACCGGGACGGAGUGGCAGGAAAGCCAAACCCCCUCUUGAGCCGACACAAGAAGCACAGGGGAGCUGACCUUGCGGAUCUCACCAAAGCAUUAGGCGCCGGCCUCCUGCCGAGUCCUUUGGCCGUUGCUGCUGCAAUGGCAGCAGCGGCCUCCUCCAAUCAGCUCGCUCUCCGCGCGGCAGCCCCCGGCCACCAUCCGCAUCAUCACCUCCUGCAGGGUCCACCCCUCAGCCACGCCAUCUUGAGACCAGCUCCGGGGCCCAUACGCACCUCACACGGGCCGAUCCUGUUCUCGCCGUACUGACUCCUCCCUCAUCCCCCCUUAGCCAAUCACAGCCAGUCCGGAGCCUCACCUCCAAAAGCACACUGUGAAGACGAAAAAAAUUGUAAAACACCACAGCAAUGACAAGAAUCGGCCCAUCAACAAUAACGUCAAUCAUCAAACCAAGCAGAAGGGGGCGCAGCCACAAAGGAGGGGGCGACUGGCGUUCCAACCCUCUUUCCAUCACCCACAACCGCCUCCUUCUUCUCCGUUUGUUCGGAUCGAGUGAUUUAUUCGUUGGUGGGUGAAUAAAUGAAUGCAGGGAUUGUUGGAAUAGAGCAAUAUCGUAUGCAGAGUGCAUCUGACGUCCUUGUUCCUUCCCUCUAUUUAUACUCAUACUGUGAGGUAGCAGCAGUCACAUGGUAGCCAGACUUGCUGGAAUCAGUUUCUAGACAUCCCAAAACACACAAAGACUACAGUUAAAUGUUGCUCUGAAUAAAUGCACCCUCAACCCUAUGCACCUUGAGGAACCUACAGAAACCAUCAGUAUGCUUCUCGUAGUAUUCGCUAUAUUCAAUUUGUCCUUUCUGGCUUUGGCAUCUUUGCAAGAGGAAAUCACCCCAAUCUCCGUCGCAGUUCCACCACGUCAAGACUCCGAGCAGGGGAUUGUGGGAAAGGUCUAAGGAAGCUGAAACUUUCCCAAUUCUGGCUUGAAUUGAAAAGCUUAGAUGGUGCCCGACUUACUACAGUCGCAUCUCCCUAGGGAAACAGAGGGAUUCAGAAGAGACACUCAAGAUUUCUUUUGUGUCACUUUUACAUCCAUUUGUGCUAGGAGCGGUUGACUGAAAAACCCCAGACCCCUUUCUUAAAUCUUAGAAAAUCAGUAGAUGUCUAUUUAUUCUAUUGAGUAGUGUAGUUUAGUUCCGAACAUAUUCCAAAGUGAAAUAUGUAUGUAGAGGAUGAUGCAACUGCUGAAAUAAGAUGGACGGGUAUUUUGAUUCUCAGAGAAAGGCAACAAACCUAAGCACACACUUGGAAUUACAGUACAUACAGGCUUCUCUGUUCAUUCUGUCUCUGUAUGUUCAGUGGACAUUAUGCAACCCCAAGCAAUACGGCCCCACUUCUUUCCGACUUCCACAUUCAGUCUCACGAGACGGCCUGCAUCCCGCAAGGACUGACAUAACAGGUCAGCCACUCCAGAGCGGACGGCCAUGUGAGUCUAGAAAAAUGAACAGAGAGAAGACGGAGAGGAGGUCACAGAGGACCCCGACUGUGCAAUCUCCCCUUUUUUUGGUAUGAACUUCCUGUCUUGAAUCUAAAGCCAUGCAAUGCAUAUUAUUUUUGUCCUUUUAUUAUGAUAAAUUCAUUGUUUUGA